AGGAAAAACACUGAAGGGGUAGCUAUGGAGAUGGAGCGUUUUCCUGGCUGCUUUCUUUGACAGGUGUUGAGUGGGGCAAAAGUCUUAAAACAGAACCCAGCAUGUACGCCAAAGGUAAAGGAGCCGUGGUCCCUUCCGACAGCCAAGCGAGAGAAAAGUUAGCUUUAUACGUGUAUGAGUAUUUGCUGCAUGUCGGCGCACAGAAAUCAGCACAGACCUUCCUGUCAGAGAUACGAUGGGAGAAGAACAUCACACUCGGGGAACCUCCGGGAUUUCUACACUCGUGGUGGUGAGUGCGGCUGCCGCCCCAAGUCCAGUGAUGGGCAACAUGCCACCUAAUGACGGCAUGCCGGGAGGACCCAUGCCCCCGGGAUUCUUUCAAGGUCCUCCAGGGUCGCAGCCCUCCCCCCACACGCAGCCACCCCCACACAACCCCAGCAAUCCCAUGAUGGGACCUCACGGACAGCCAUUUAUGUCGCCGCGGUACCCAGGUGGGCCGAGACCCUCACUUCGUAUGCCAAAUCAGCCGCCAGGUAGCAUCCCUGGGUCACAGCCCCUCUUGCCAAACAGCCUGGACCCCACCAGACCUCAAGGACAUCCAAACAUGGGAGGUCCAAUGAGAAUGAACCCACCUCGAGGAAUGGGAGGCAUGGGCCCACAGAAUUACGGGGGAGGGAUGAGGCCGCCUCCAAACUCCAUGGGUCCAGGGAUGCCCGGCAUGAACAUGGGUCCCGGUGGAAGAGGUCCAUGGCCUAAUCCCAACAACAACUCAAUAGCGUACUCGUCUUCAUCUCCAGGCAACUAUGUGGGGCCCCCAGGGGGAGGAGGCCCGCCAGGAACUCCCAUCAUGCCGAGCCCCGGAGAUUCAACAAACUCCAGUGAAAACAUCUACACAAUGAUGAACCCCAUCGGCCCAGGUGGAAACAGACCUAAUUUCCCGAUGGGACCAGGUCCUGAUGGGCCCAUGGGCGGGAUGGGUGCGAUGGAGCAGCAUCAUAUGAACGGCUCGCUAGGCUCUGGUGACAUGGAUGGGUUGCCAAAGAAUUCUCCCAACAACAUGGCAGGCAUGAACAAUCCCCCUGGCACUCCACGGGAUGACGGCGAGAUGGCAGGCAACUUUUUAAACCCAUUCCAAAGUGAAAGUUAUUCACCCAACAUGACGAUGAGUGUGUGAUUUUAUUUUAUUUUAUCUUUUAUUUUACUUUUUUCCAUCUCCCUCUGUCCCACCCUUUUCCCCUCCCUCCCCGGUGUGUCUUGCUUUGCCAUUACAUCCUGUCCUCAUCCUCUCUGGACCGAUGUGUGUGGGUGUGAUGGCGGCCACCCAGCCCCUCGGGAUGCCCAUGGACAGCAGGACUCCCCUCAAGGGCCCUCACCCCAACAUGUGUAAAAUGGGUGUAAGAACAUGAGACUUUCUCCCCGUCCCCGCCCUGGUCAUGAGCCUCAAAGCCCAAAUCUCUCUCUCGGUGAACUCCCGCGGCCCGCCAAACCCAUGAUGCACCUCUCCAUGGUCGCUACCUGCUAGUAUGGCGGGGGACCUUUAUCCACACAGACUUUAUCCACACUUUUUUCUUUCAAUGUUUGUAUUUUUGUUGUUUGGUUUUCCUUAAAGGGCAUUUUUUUUUAACAAUAGUGCCUGUGAAUCAUUUUUGAUUCUCCCCUAAAUCUGUCCUGUUUUUGUUGUCUCCUUUGAAGCACACUCACAAGGCCAAUGCGGUCUUUAAAGCAUUAGGAACACUGUCUUUCUUAAUAAGGCCAUGCUGAAAAGAAACAAGAAUAAAGUCAUCAUUUGCCCUGAAAAAUACAUCUUUACUCACUAUUAUAACUUUUUUCUCUAGAUUUCUUGUCAUAUUAUGACUUCAUUCUUACAAUAUUUUUAUUGUAAUAUUAUCAAUUUAUUCUAGCAAUUUAGACAUUUUUGGGGGCCUUUUUAGGGCACUUUCUUUUUGCAAGAAUACACAUUUUUCCUCAUGUUAUUGCGAGUUUCUUUUCAUAAAAUUCCGGCUGUUUUCUUGCAGGAUUAAGACUUUUGUUUUGUAAUACGACAACUAUAUUACAUUAAAACGUUUUCUUCUCGCACUAAAUUUUUCUAUAUGUUUCGACUUUAUUUUUGCAAGAGUACAACUUUUUCCUCAUGUUAUUGCGAGUUUCUUUUCAUAAAAUUCCGGCUGUUUUUUUGCAGGAUUAAGAUUUUUGUUUUGUAAUACGACAACUAUAUUACAUUAAAACUUUUUCUUCUCGCACUAAAUUUUUCUCUAUGUUUCGACUUUAUUUUUGCAAGAAUACAACUUUUUCCUCAUGUUAUUGCGAGUUUCUUUUUAUAAAAUUCCGGCUGUAUUCUUGCAGGAUUAAGACUUUUGUUUUGUAAUACGACAACUAUAUUACAUUAAAACUUUUUCUUCUCGCACUAAAUUUUUCUAUAUGUUUCGACUUUAUUUUUGCAAGAAUACACCUUUUUCCUCAUAUUAUUGCGAUUUUUUUUUUCUGUUUUUAAUAUAGUUGUCAGAUUAAAAAACUUUUGUUUUGUAAACUGACAACUACUGUACAUUGCAUUAAAAAAAAUGUUGUAGCACUAAAUUUUUCUCGUUAUGUUACGACUUUCUUUUUGCAAAAUACGACUUUUUCCUCAUAAUAUUGCGAUUUUGUUUUCAUAAAAUUUUGGAUGUUUUCUUGCAGUAUUAAGACUUUUGUUUUGUAAUUUGACAAUUUUAUUACAUUAAAACUUUUUUUUCUCGCCUAAAGUUUUCUCAUUAUGUUACGACUUUCUUUUUGCAAAAUACGACUUUUUCCUCAUAAUAUUGCGAUUUUGUUUUCAUAAAAUUUUGGCUGUUUUCGCGCAGGAUUAAGACUUUUGUUUUGUAAUCUGACAACUAUAUUAAUUUUUUUUUUAAAUAGCACUACAUUUUUGUCGUUAUGUCACGACUUUCUUUUUGCAAAAUACGACUUUUUCCUCAUAAUAUUGCGAUUUUGUUUUCAUAAAAUUUUGGAUGUUUUCUUGCAGUAUUAAGACUUUUGUUUUGUAAUCCGACAAUUUUAUUACAUUAAAACUUUUUUUUCUCGCCUAAAGUUUUCUCAUUAUGUUAUGACUUUCUUUUUGCAAAAUACGACUUUUUCCUCAUAAUAUUGCAAUUUUGUUUUCAUAAAAUUUUGGCUGUUUUCGCGCAGGAUUAAGACUUUUGUUUUGUAAUCUGACAACUAUAUUAAUUUUUUUUUUAAAUAGCACUACAUUUUUGUCGUUAUGUCACGACUUUCUUUUUGCAAAAUACGACUUUUUACUCAUAAUAUUGCGAUUUUGUUUUCAUAAAAUUCCGUCUGUUUUCUCGCAAGAUUAAGACUUUUUUUGUAAUCUGACAACUAUAUUACAUUAAAAAAAAUUAUAGCACAUUUUUUUUGUUAUGUUAUGACUUUCUUUUUGCAAGAAUACAACUUUUUCCUCAUAAUAUUGCGAUUUUGUUUUCAUAAAAUUUUGGCUGUUUUCUCGCAGGAUUACGACUUUUGUUUUGUAAUCUGACAACUAUAUUACAUAAAAAAAAAUAAUUAUAGUACUAAAUUUUUCUCUUUAUGUUACAACUUUCUUUUUGCAAGAAUACACCUUUUUUCUCAUAAUAUUGCGAGUUUGUUUUAAUAAAAUUCCGUCUGUUUUCUUGCAGGUUUAAGACUUUUGUUUCGUAAUCCGACAACUACAUUACAUUAAAAAAAAAAAAAAUGUUGUAGCACUAAUUAUUUUUCGUUAUGUUUUGACCCCUUUUUGCAAAAUACGACUUUUUCCUCAUAUUAUUGCGAAAUUGUUUUCAUAAAAUUCCGGCUGUUUUCUUGCAGGUUUAAGACUUUUGUUUUGUAAUUCGACAACUACAUUACAUUAAAAAAAAAUUGCUGUAGCACUAAAUUUUUCUCGCUAUGUUACCACUUUCUUUUUGCAAGAAUAUGACUUUUUCCUCAUAAUAUUGCGAUUUUGUUUUCAUAAACAUUUGUUGCAGGAUUAGGACUUUUGUUUUGUAAUUUUACAACUUUAUUUGCAAAUUUAUUACAUUAAAACUUUUUCUUGUAAUACUAAAUUCUUCUUGCUUGGUCACAACUCUUAUUUUGCAAGUUCACAGCCUUUUCCUCUUUAUUCUCGCAAGAUAAUGACGAUUCCGACCGUAUUUGUGCAUUUUUUUCUCGUAAUCUUUUCCAUAAUAUUGCGACUUAAAUUUGAGUAUUUUUCUUGUAAUAUUGCCAUUUUCUACUCACAAGUUUACCAUGUGUUCCUUUAAAGAGUACAACUUUGUUUACGUCCCGCUAUGAUGUCUAACGUUUUUUUUUUUUAUUAUGUUACAAUGUCAUUCUGGUAACUUUGCUUCCCUGGAAGACAACAACUUUUUUCUUGCAAGUUUACAAUUUAUUUGUAAUACUGUAUCACCACUUUUUUUCUCUGAAAAAACCCAAUAUUUUUUCUUGGUAAUACUUAGCACAAUAUUACAUCAAAAAGAGACUUUAUUCUCAUAAACUGACUUUUUUGUAAUAUCACCACAUUUUUUUCUUGGAAGAAAAUGCACAAUAAGACAUAUUGUAAUAUUAUGAGGGGAAAAAAAAAGACUAUUUUCCUGACAUUGUGACUUUUUCCAUGGAAUAUUUUUACUUACGUUUUUCUUGAAAAACAUACACUCUUGUCUUAAUAUGAAGACACGAGUGCGACUUUAUUCUUGUUUUACUUUACAGGGUGGCCCUGUUUUUUUGUUUACUUUUGCCACACAUGCGUACAUAGACUAUUCGACCACCGAUAGGAACUCAGUUGGGGGCAAACGUCGCACCAUUAUGCUAAUUAUGUAUUGUUUGUAUCUGUUUUUGUUGUCUUUAUGUUCAAUAUAUUCGCCUGUAAGAGAAAUAAUGAAAGCCCAUUGAAACUGCAGACAUUGACAAGCACACUGUCAUGUUUUGUAAUGGAUACAUUAUAUUUUCCAUAUUGCAAUAGUUUCAUAGCUGCCGGGUUAUUAAUAAUGACGUCAAUGUGACUUUUAUUGUUAGGAUUUGGCUCUGAGGGUCAAUAUGGGGACACCCACCCUCCCUUUCUUCCCUCGAGUUCUAUCCCUCACCCCCAUCAAUCCUUUUUUUUUGUGUGUAAAUACUGUACAAUGCAUUUUGAUAUCAUGGACAUGUUUUGAUAUGUCAGUCACUACCGAUGAGUACAGCUGAGAGUAAAUUAUUAAUAAUAAUAAAAACUGUCCAUGUUUUCCACAGAGAAAUGAUGGCUGGCGUGGCUGAACGUCCACUAAAAAUGUUGUUAUAGGACACAGAGACGACACAAUGUUACUUUACUAUGAAUAAUCAUUCACCUGACCUCAUAUUGCAGUUUUUUGAUAUGAAGGAUUUUCUUGUUUUAGCAAUUUAAGAUCACUUUUAAAAAAGGAUGCCUGUUUGAAAUUAAGAUCGAAAAGUGUAGGGCGUUGGAACUGUCCUUUUGCUAUGGAGUCCUGUAUAGAAUCUCUCUCAGUCCUCUGUGUAUAUGAAUCGUUGGCCAUCUCUGUACUUCUAUUGUGAUGUAUUAUACUGUACCAUUAGGGAGGUUUGCUGGUCAUGUUGAGUGUGGGAGGGGAGGGAAUUAUGAAAAAAAAAAUGAAAAAAAAAGAAGAUUCCCCUGCAGUAUUCAAUAUGAAGCAGUCUGUCUCUUGGGUUUGCUUUGUAUUUCAUGCUAGGAUAGUUUGGAAUCUUGUCUUCUUAGGGACUUAGAUGUCUUGUGUAGCUAAUAAAGAUGUUCUUUGUAUGUUUCUUUA